AUGUUCACCAGAGGCAGGCUCUCCGUUGUAUUACCAGCUCAGUCCUCGACGAACGAUUCAGUCAUUGACGGAAUUGAGUUGCAAUCAAAGACUUCACAAGAUGCGCAGCCCUCCACCGUGAGUCAGUCCAAGACUAGCAUCCACGUAACUGCCCUAGAUGGUAUAGUAAACGUGAAUUCGCUCUUCACCAUGGCAAUCUUCAUCGGUUUCUCCCUCACUGUCCCUGCUAAUGGCAGCGCUGGGCAUCCAGCAUCAUGCAAUGCCAGUAUCGAUACAGUCAGAAGACUUAUCGUUUUCGAAGUCAUUUCCUUCAGUUUCUUUCUGUUUUCCUCCCUCAUAGCACAAAGUCUCAAGCUGACAAUCAACUUGUUGAACAGUUUAGAUGCAACAGACCCUCAUAAAGCUGAUAUCGACUCUUCUGUUCUGAAAUACGGGUUGUUUGGCUCUGCCAUUGGAUCCGUCAUGGGAUGCUUAUUUCUGACACUUUCCAUCGUGGGUUUUAUUCAAGUGAAACUUGGAGUACUUUCUUGUGGGGGUGAACCCGUAUACGCGGUCGUGACACUGGUUGUAUUUGUGGGUUCUUCUCUACUGGUUUAUGUUUUCACAUCUGUGUAUGCUUCAUUCUUUAUAAUUGAGUCCCAAUCAAACGCUUCAAUAGAUACACAAAACCCCGCCGUCACCACUACCACCUCCGCCGCUGCCACCACGGGAAGGUCCAAGACAAGCGUCCACGUAACAGCCCUCGACGGCAUAGUAAACGUCAACUCACUCUUCACCAUGGCAACCUUCAUAGGGUUCUCCCUAACUGUGCCUGCCGCUGGCAGCGCCGGGAAUCCAGAAUCAUGCAACCCCAGCAUCAACGCAAUCAGGAGACUUAUCGUUUUUGAAGUGAUUUCGUUCAGUUUCUUUCUCUCUUCCUCCCUCAUAGCACAAAGUCUGAAGUUGGCAAUCAACUUGUUGAACAGUUUAGAUGCAAGUGACCCUCAUAAAGCCGAUAUCGACUCAUCUUUCCACAAAUACGCACUGUUUGGCUCCGCCAUUGGAUCUAUCAUGGGAUGUGUGUUUCUGAUGCUUUCGAUUGUGGAGUUCAUUCAGGUGAAAUUGGGUGUACUUUCUUGUGGAGAAGAACCUGUAUACGGCGUCGUAACACUGGUUGUGUUCGUAGGUUCUGGCUUGCUGGGGUUGAAGGUCAGCGUUGCUGGUGGUGGUGGUUGUGACCCUAGUGGUUUUGGCCAAGUUUUGCUCACGUCAGGCAAAAUUGUGGAUUUGGGAUGGAGAAUGAUGGUGAGGGUGACGACGGCUAUGGGCAAUAGUGGUCAGUUGUCGACGAGGAGGCACUGGUGGUGCCAGCAGUGUGCCGGGGUGUUGAAAGCCAGCGUUGCUGGUGGUGGUGGUUGUAACCCUGGUGGUUUUGGCCAAGUUUUGUUCACGUCGGGCAAAAUUGUGGAUUUGGGAGGGGGAAUGAUGGUGAGGGCGAUGGCAGGGGCGGCUGUGGGCAAUAGUGGUUAG